ACCCCCCGCGGCAGACCGGAAAGCGCGUGGAUUUACCACAGAUCUGCUUCUAGCAGAAUAAACCACACACAUGUGUUGAGUUCAGCUCAUAGCGCUGUGAUUAUAUGCAGCAGUGUUCCUGUGUGUGUGUGUGUGUGUGUGUGUGUGUGUGUGUGUGUGUGUCUGUCUGUGUGUUCCUCCGCAGUGAUAUUAUUCUCAGACUGACAGAUGGCGUGAAGCAGACGGGCGGAAAGUAGGACAGCGGAUCCGGUGAUAACGGUUACCGGGCGCGCGUGUUUACAGUGUGUUUACCGCGUCGCGAUGGUGGAUAACCGGCACGCCACAGCGCUGGUGAUCGCCGCGGUGCUCAGCCUGUUGGCGGCCGUAUAUGUGUCGGUGUCGAUCGGUUCCCCGCACUGGUACCGGUACUGCAGCCCUCCGGUGCGCGCGGAGCCCAACGCCUCCGAGCUGCGCGCGCUACAGGAGGAGUUUCUGGACGGUGAUUUCGACGAGAAAACCGCGAGCGACGCACUGUUCCGCAUGAACGGGACCGUCGGGCUGUGGUGGCGGUGCGUUCAGACGCCCACCGACGCGCACUGGUAUCGGGAGCCCGACCCGCAGAUGGUGAUGGAGUGUGUGAGCUUCUCCCUCUCUCAGCAGUUCACACCCAAAUACAGGGAGCCGGGAAACCACAACAGCGGAGAGGACAUGAUCCGGACCUACCUGUGGCGCUGUCAGCUCCUCCUGCCGCUAGCUGCUCUCCUUCUGGUCCUCUUCUCGGCUCUGCUGGGCUUCUGCGCGUGUGUGUGUGGGAGUGUGACGCCGGCGCUCUUCAUCGGGCUGCUGCAUCUGUUGGCAGGUCUGUGUUCUCUGGCCACCGUCUGCUGUUUCCUGGCCGGGACGGAUCUCCUGCACCGUGUGUCGGUGCUGCCGGAGCGUGUGGACGCAGCGCUGGGCUGGGCGCUGUACCUGAUGCUGACGGCGGCGCCGCUGCUGAUGAUGGCAGCGGCGCUGAUGGUGUGGGCCGCGCGCAGCCACGGGCAGAACUACGCUCGCAUGGCGGCUUACAGGGUCGCUUAGAGGAUACACACACACACACACACACACACAUACACACUCACAGUCCUGCUCCUGUGUCCCGGUGUGUUCUCCUCAGCGCUGCACUGAUGUUCUGCUCUACAGACGGUGUUCUCGCUCUCCUCGACCCUCACAGGACUCAGUCCGCUUACUCACGCUCAUGUGGACUCUGAGGAGCUCAGUUCAGCGAACACAGUGACUCAAAUCCCCAUCAGUCUGUGUGUGUGUGUGUGUUCAAGAUUAAGUCCCCACAGGGAUGUACAAACAAGUAUGGACACACAUUGAAGAGAGUGUGUGUGUGCGUGUGUGUGUGUGUGUGUGUGUGUGUGUGUGUGUGAGCUGUAGUGGUGACGCAAGAGCAGCUUUAAUUUAUUAAUUGUUACCAUCAUCUGUAUUUAUGUAUUUAUCUCUGUACAGUGAAUUAACAGUGCAGUGUGUGUGUGUGAGUGUGUGUGUGUGUGUCAUGUCAGUUAUUCUGGUAAUAGAGGAUCAGGUGCAGUGCAUUGUGGGAAACAUCAUCUAUUAGCAUAUCUGCAUAUUCAUACCAUGGUGCAUCAUCAUUGUCAUGGUAACGCAUGCUGAGAGUGGGCAUUUGUGGAGUCUCCAUGGCGACAGUAAUAAACUCCUCUUCCUCUGG